UAAUACUAGUACUAGAAUCACUUAGCAUAGCAUAUAUAUUUUGUAACUUGUAUAAAUCACAACAAAUUAAAUUUUUUAAAAUCAAACUAGACAAGGAGUGAUUGGUGAAAAGAAUAUGAAAAGUGUUAGCAUUGGUUUUCCAUUUAAGGAAAAAAGAGUAUUUGUUUCUAGUUAUGCCAAAACGGCAGCUGAAAUUACACACACACACACACACAACGCACCGUGUAUGAGUUUGUUACAUAUCAAUACUUGUCGUCGUCACUCACCUCUCCAUCUUCCAUUCACAUUUUAGCUUCAUCAGAAAAUGAAGAAGAUUCUUAAGGUUGAUAGUGAUGAGAGUGAGGAGGGUUCUCUCAACAGAGACGUCAUCUCUCAUAUUCUCACACGCGUUCCGGCCAAACCUUUGCUUAGCAUGAAAUGCAUUUCCAGAGGUUGGAACCACAUCAUUUCAAGCCGUUCAUUCAUCAAAGAUCAACUCAAAAACACAAAUCUUGUUUUAAAUGGUUUUAUUGUUCAAGAUAGGUACAUGUUCUGCAAACACGAUGUUAAAACCAUUAGUUACAUUCCUGUGGAACCCAAAAACAACGCUGCUAAACUAGUUGUUCACCACAAUGUUUUUUCUUUUCUUCCUCAAGAUGUUGUUGUUUUGGCUUCCUGUAAAGGAAUUGUUUGCUGCCGUACCUGUUUUCCUUCCCCAAAUCCAACCAUCUAUCUCUGCAAUCCUUCAAACAAAGACUUUAUUCAAUUCAACUGCCCUCCUCAAUGUGACAUAACUGAUAGCAUAGCUCUUGCUUUUGAUUUUGAUUUUGAUUUUGACCCUUCCAAAUUCAAAUUGGUAAGGGUGAAACGCAUUCAGAAGUAUCAUGAUGAUUAUGAUGUUGAUGAAUCGUUCUACUUCACAUUUGAAGUGUACUCCUCAGAAACCAAAGCUUGGAAGAAAUCCAAUGAGACAUGCGACUGUAAUUAUGGUUUGAUUAAAAACAAAGGGUUAUACAUAGGAGGUGUCUUGCAUUGGCUUACAGAAGGUGAUCAAAUCAUCACCUUUAAUGUUGAAAAGGAACUGUCUUUGAUGAUUUCAGUACCUGUUCCGGCAUGUGAGUUUAGGACCGUCCCUCAAGCUUGCAUUGGAGAAUAUGAAGGAAGGCUUCAUUAUGUUCAGGUAUCAGAACAAGGUCUUCAUGUCUGGUGUCUUGAUUCUCUUGAAGAUUAUUUUGACUUCAAAUGGGUGCUUAAGCAUUGCAAACUUUUGGAGGAUUUUGAAGCAGAAUAUCCACGCCUCUUUUUGAAUUUAAGGAAUAGAGUGUUGGAGAGUGAUGAUACAAAUCCUUGGAUGAAUCCUCUUGGCUUCAAAGAUGGGAAAUUGCUGAUUAAGGUUUCUGCAGAGUUAUACAUCUAUGACAUGAAGAAUCACAAGAUUGCUCAUGCUUGUUCCUUUCUACAACUCAACCCACAAUCCUUGUCGCAUCCUACAGUAUUUCCUCAUUCCUUGACUUUGGUUUCCCUAAAAGAUCCUUAGUAUAGAACUAACUCCUAUAUAUUAGCUUUUAUUAUCGGAUUAUCACCGAAUGUUUUGGGAUAUUUUAGUUUAUAUAUAUGUAGAAACUAAGUUGCCUGGAAGGUUCCUUCCUUCCUUCCAUUCCAUAGCUGUGGAAAUUUUGAGCUGAAGUUAUAUAUUCUUACUAGCCAUUUUAGUAUAUAUGUGGACAAAUUUGAGUUGAUCAAUGUUUUCAAGUUUCAAUUAAUA